AUGGCCCGACGCCCCAUUCUGGCCGUUGCCCUCCUCGGGGCAGCUUUGUGCUUCUUUCGAUUCACGGCUGGCACAAGCUUCAUUGCGCCGAAGGUGCAGACGACCCAGAACUCAGUAGUCGAGACUCAGCAAGAGCAGCUGAAAGGUGUGGCUCUGGGACUUGGGGCUGGUCUGCUUACUGCCGAGCCUGCGUACGCCAACGUGUGGGACGAUGAGAUCUUCCCAUACUCCGUGACCAUCAGCUUUGCCAUCAUUUGGGGCAUCAUCCUGGGCUUUGUCCUGCUCCGGCUGCAGGAGGCCUUCCCGGAGUGA